AUGUCUACUAAUGACGGUGAAAAUGAAGAAAUAGUAACAUGUAGUGAAUUACUUGAACAAAUUGAUGAUGAAGAAGCUGAAUUAGAUCGAGAACGUGCACUCUAUGGUAAUUGUGAUACAGAUACAUGUACAUAUCCACAAGGAUAUGUUAAACGACAAGCUUUAUUUGUUUGUAUGACAUGUAAUAAUAAUGGGAAUGGACAAUUAGCUGGUGUUUGUGCAGCAUGUGCAUUUCAUUGUCAUAAUAAUCAUGAAGUUAAUGAAUUAUAUACACGACGAUUUUUUCGGUGUGAUUGUGGAAAUUCAAAAUUAAGCCAUCAACCAUGUAAACUUUAUCCAAAUAAAGAUCCAGAAAAUGUUUCAAAUAAAUAUGAUGAUAAUUUUCGUGGUUUAUAUUGUACAUGUAAACGUCCUUAUCCAGAUAAAGAAUUACCAUCCGAUGAUGAUGCUAUGAUUCAAUGUAUGAUAUGCGAAGAUUGGUUUCAUAGUCAACAUUUGGGUGUUCCAACACCUAUGGAAGAAAAUGAAGCUGAUCAAAUGGAUAUGAUAUGCCAAGCAUGUGUAACUAAACAUCCAUUUUUAGCUCAAUAUGAUGAGUCUAGUGCUAUUCCAUCACGCCCAGUAGAAAACAAUGCUGCUGCUAGUAAUAACCCACCAUGUUUUCUUACUUCAAAUGUAAAUGAAAAUGAACUUCAUACAAUCUUUUUACGUGAUGGUUGGAGAAAUCGAUUAUGUCGAUGUGUUCAAUGUUGUAAAAUAUAUGAUGAUUUAAAUCUUACAGUUGUAUUUAAUGAUGAUGAUGCUAUACAAGAAUAUGAAAAACAAGCAUUAGCUAAAAGUGAAAAUCUUGAUGCCGAUAAAUUAUUAGCUAGUUCAUUACAAAAACUUGAUCAUGUUAAAAAAUUAGAAGUUUUACAAGGUAUUAAUGAUUUUAAAAAAUCACUUGGUGAUUUUCUUCGUGAUAAAGCAAAUGGUGAUGGAGUAUUAACAGCUACUGAUGUAACAACAUUCUUUGCUGAUUUACAAGAAAAACGAAAAGAACAACAACGUACAACAUUUAUGCCACCUGAUAACUGUAAAUUUUAA